UUUGAACAUCACCUUCCGCCCAAACCCAAAGAUCUUGGAGGAGCUUCAAGCUGUGACCAGACUUCCAAUGGACUCCUCAAAGAGUUUGAACCCAACCUUGAGCCCUGAGUCUUUUCAGAUGUGCACUGAAGACAGUUCCCAGGAAGAUUCAGCUACUUCUCAACCCGUCUCAGAAGGAUUAAUAAAGAAUCUCAGUAACUUGACUCUCAACCCUAAUAUCACACUUCCAUCCCCUCUACCAGAAUAUCCAUCCCAACAGCAGAAUCAAGAAAAUACCCUACAGGGCACACCCUACAAGAGGCGGGGAGUAAGGACACUGCUGUCUGUGAGGAAAGAACUGAGGGAAAGGAUGGUAAAAAUCAGAUACCAAUAUCUUAACCGAUUUUCUCUGCUGCAGGAAGAAAUACGGAGGAAGGAAAUGGAGAUUGAAAAAAGGAUAAAAAAAUUUCAGUGUAGCUGUCAUUAUUGCCUAUAUCACAGAGAGUUUCCCGAGGAGAAGACAACCAUGGAGAAGAAUUCUGACACUGAUUCAAUUUAGUCCUAAUCACAUUUAAUUGUACUGCUUUUUCUUGAUGAUUAUUUUAGGAUCAUUAUGCAGCAGUUUGGGAACAUUACUUAUGCUCUGAUGGACUAUAUGCCAGUAUUUUGUUAACCUGUGAUAGAAGUUCUAUGAUGUCUUUUUUUCUUGCAUCUAACUUGAUUCCAGUAACUUAAAAGGAAUCUUAACAGCUUGCAUUUAGUGACUUCAAAUAUACUUUAGUUCCAGUUCUUUUUUUUAAAUCUCACUCAAAGAAGCACUACAGUUGCUUGAGUAUUUUAGAAGGUCUGAGUCAAUAAAAACAAUUAUUUGGUGUUUUGGCUAGGAUAUAAUUAGGGUAAGAGGUUCUACCUAGAAUUCCUGGUUUGUAUUUUUGUUUUGUGGUUUUUUGGUUUUGGUUUUUUUUUUUGAGUUCCUGG